CUGCUCAGCUAGCUUAAAAGCUAUGAUUAGUUCUAUCCAAAGUUCUACGGGAUUUCAUUAUUUCAAUAUUUUUGCAUCUAAUCUGUAAAUAGUGGAGAACUCCAAAAAAUUAAAGAAGCCUGAACCAGGUUGUUUCACUUUGAAGAGAAUUGGAAGAUUAAUAAGAGCAAAGAGUUUAAGGCUGCCUAUAAGGAGAAGCAGCUUGCUUAUAUUAGAGAGAACUGGAAGGCCCUUACUUUUAAUCUCAGAAUUCUUAUGAUCUGCAUUAUUGUUGUAUUGGGUUUAUGCAGUGAGAAUUCAACCAUAUUUGUUGUCAGGACGGUGACACUAAUCCUAUUAAUAAUAUUCCUGUCUUUCUUCCAAAACAUUGUAGAAAAAUAUGAAUUGGCAGCCUUAUACUCUGGGAGUAUUUUCUCAAUGCUGGUAGUGAUUGCUUUCACAGAGAUAAAUACCACUUUGGGCCAUUUCAGGCUUUAUGAAGGAUUCAUGACUCAGAUAUCACUGAGCUUCUUAAUGUCAGUGUGCAUGUCAACCAACUGGAUCUUGGCCACUUUACUGUUGUUCAUAUCCUACCUUUAUUAUCUAGCCAGGAUGAUGACAACUUUUGAUAACAUCCCUCAUGAAUUAGUAAUAGCCUUCUGUGAGACUUGUAUAUUUUAUGCUCUCGGGACAUACCUCAACUCAAGAACUUUACAACGAGAACUGUCUUCCAAUUACAAGGCGGAAGCCUCUUCGAAAGAGUUUAAGAAUUUUUUGAAAUGUCUUCCAGAAGGAGUGUCGAUUGUCGACCAUGAAAAUUUUGAGCUAAAAUUCUUUAAUUCAAAACUCAAGAAAGCUUUUGAGAUCGGACUUUAUUGUAAUCAAGAAAGUAAGGUUAAGGAAUUUGAAAAACUAAAAACUCAGAUAGACCAAGAGUUUAAUGAAGUAAUGCAGAAGGAUAAGGAGAACUUUCUGGAAAGCCCAUGAGAGAAUGAGCCAUUACAAUCUCUGAUGAAGAACUUCAAAAUUAUAGAUAGCUCAGAUAUCAUUAAAAGGAAUGCUUCUUCUCAAGAAGUCUCUGAAUAUUUUGAAAGCCAAAGAGUUCAAUCUCAGGUAUUAAAUUUGGAGCAAUAUUCAUUGAUAUCUAAAACUCAGAAAAUUGGCAGCUCAGAAGAUGUAAAUCUUGUUGAAUUUUUGAAACAAGAAAGAGAGAAUUUGAAGAACCAAAAAAGGCGUGAAAGAGAAUCGAAGAUUGCAGUAUACUUUGAUCCGUUUAAUCAUAUGAAAGGGAUUGAAAUGAUUAAAAGAGAGUUUGUCAUAAAAACACGUAGAGUAAAUACAAGUAGCCCUGAUAAAUCAAAGCCUUCUAUGUACUUACAUAUUUUCAGUGACACCACUCAAAUCACCCAGCUUGAAGAGCAGAAAGCCCAGAACAGAUACCAGAAACAAAUGUUAGCCAAUGUGUCUCAUGAAUUCAGGACCCCACUGAAUGCUAUGUCUCUGAGCCUGAUGCUUUUAAGAAAGAAGAUCAGAGGGCCUCAAGCCAAGCUUCUCAGGAUUGCCUCAUCUAGUUGCGAUAUUUUGAGUUCCCUGGUUGAAGAUAUCUUGGAUCAUGCAAAGAUAGAGUCUGGGAUGUUCGAAACUCAACAAGAUAUCUUUCAAAUCUCAAAACUUCUUGAUGAGAUCAAGGAUAUCUUUGAAUUGCAGACAUUAAAUAAGAGUAUACAACUGAUCAUUUCAAUUGAUGAAGAGCUUAAGGAUUCUUUCUUGAGCACAGAUAAGCAAAGGAUCAAGCAAGUCUUGAUGAACUUGCUCUCUAAUGCUUUGAAAUUCACUGAUCAUGGAUCGAUCAAAGUUAGAGUUGAGAAGCUUCAUCAACAAAGAGAAUAUUUUGAAGAAUUAGAAGAGAAUAAAGAAGACUUUAAAUUCUUUGAAGAAGAUACACUUCAAAAUGGUUCUGUGAGAUCAAAUGACUCCUCUUCAGAAUACAGUAUAAGCCAAGAAUUUACUUCAAGACCUCAAGUUCCAAGGGUUGAAAAAUAUACUAUUAAUCCUGAUGAAAAAGAAAAUUAUUUUAGAAAUUUCAGGGCAAAUAUACCAAUGCAGGCAAACUUAGAAGAAGAUGAUCUAUCAUUAUUCAAACCAUGAAGAAAUAUUAAACUCAAAUUAACGGUUGAAGAUACAGGUAUCGGAAUCCCCUUGAGCGACCAGUCCUCUCUGUUCAAGCUCUUCGGAAAGACCAGCUCCAACCACAACCGCAACAAGACUGGCUGCGGCCUAGGGCUUACCAUCUGCAGGAAGAUCUUGCAGAAGCUAGGAGGAGACAUCACUUUAGAGUCCCAAGAAGGCAAAGGCACCAAAUUUACAUGCAUAUUUGAGUGCAAGUACUAAAUCAAAAAUCUAACCAUCCUACUUACCUACCAUCCGAUUAAUUAUUUACAGCAUUAUUAUU